CUAAUUAACGCUAAUUAACAGAACUCACGUGACAGUUUUUCUGCGUCAGAGCAGGACCUGAUAUUUCUGGGGCCUAAACAGUAUUAGCCAAAACAUAUAAACUAUAAGAUGAAUUGUCAUUUGGCAAAACUUUAUUUGACUUGUUUCAUGUUUGCCUUCAUGGCUCAGCACUGUUGGUGUUUCACGACCGCGCAGACAAAGAAAACAACCGAGCAGCUCGCCCUGCCGAGAGUCACCUGCUCCGCCCGGAGGAUGAAAGCUGUUUUUAGCCCGCUGGUCAAAAGUAAUUUACACGUUAAAGACACGACGGGGGCCACACUCCCAGUGCCUCAGUCUGAGGGGUCUUGUGGAGUGAGCCUGGGCAGAGAGAAAAACCAGAGCCUCUCUUUCUUCAGCAGAUAUGACAGCUGCUAUGCACAGAUUGAGGGCAGCAAAGUGGUCAUCCCUCUGCAGGUGCAGCUGAGAGGAGAGGAUCGAUGGUUCAGGGUGAAUAUCAGCUGUCCUCUGAUAAAGAGACCCAGCGAGAGGGCUCAGCGUAUCCCCACAGCUUUACCUGGAAACUGUGACAUAGAAAGAGCUUUACGAGUGAACUGUGGCCCUCCAAGCAUUUCUAGUGAUGCCUGCUACGAACUAGGAUGCUGCUAUGAUGAUCAUGAUUUAAGCUGCUACUAUAGACUCAACUCCUGCUCUAUGGAUGGACAUUUUGUGUUCUCGGUAAAGGCCACAGACACAGAGCUGCCCAUUGAUCCCAGCAGUCUCAUAGUAAAGGAUCAGCCACAGUGCCUCCCUGUCAUCAGCACCCCAGACACGGCCGUCUUCAAGAUUGGAGUCACGGACUGUGGUGCAAAAGUGAAGGUAGAUGGAACAGUGAGCAUCUAUGAUGUAGAAGUGGAGGAGCUGCAUACAAACAGUUUCACAAAAAAAUCACCAUUCAGCCUCCAGGUCCAGUGUGAAUAUGAGGCAUCAGAUUUAAAGCGUGCAGCAGACUUGCGGUCCUUGUAUGCAGUGACCAACCCACCACCUGUGAUUGCACUGGGAGCCAUCAGAGUGCAGAUGAGAAUAGCUAGAGAUGCAUCUUUCACAUCCUUCUUUCCUGAGGACCAGCUUCCAUUGACCUUGCCCCUGCGUAAAGCUGCUUACGUGGAGAUUUCCAUUGCCCAGCCGUCCCCAGAUCCUACACUUUCCCUGCGUGUAAGGGAUUGCUUUGCCUACCCUGCAUCUAGACACUCUGUGUGGACACUUCUCUAUGACGGAUGUCCCAACCCUUUGGACAACAUGAGAAGCUCUGUCCCUGUGGACAGCCAGGGGAAGACCACCUCCCACUCCCAAGUCAGGAGGUUUGAUGUCAAGACCUUUGCCUUUGUGGACCCUCACACAGGCCAUCCGAGUGUGGAGGAAAUAUACUUCUACUGUUGGGUGGAAAUCUGCACAAAUGAUGCUGACUGUGCACAAAGCUGCACCAUAAUUUCAGCUGAGGGUGAGAGACAGAGAAGAGAGGCAACGUCUCAGUCUGACCAGGUCCAGCUGGUCUCUUUAGGGCCACUGCUCCUGGGACAGAACAACACUGAACUGGGGGACGCUCCGUGUGUGAAACAGAACACAAUGUUUCAGGUGACGGUGUAUAUGCUCUCUGGUGUUGGUGCUGCCCUGCUAUUGACUCUGCUGUUCGCUGUGUGGUCAAGCAUCAGGAAGUGGCAGAAGGCAGAAGCACAGCAAGCUUGUGACGCACAAGUUGACAACAACCGAUGACGAUAAAACAUUUUGUGUAGAAGUUCAGGAGCUCCUUCCUCUUCUUCUUCCUCAUCUCUUUCUGUAGAGUCCUUUGGUUGGCUGCCUCAGUGUGGGGACGGGCCUUGGCGCCCUUCGGUCCUUUUGUGACUUUCACCCAGCCCUCUUCAUCCUCUUGUUGCUGCUCAGCUGCCUUCCUUUGCCUCUCUGCAUCCUGUGACAAGGGAAACAAUUGCAAGUUGAGGCUUUGUGGACCCGAUGGGUGGGCGAUACUGAAGGAAGGGCUGUAGAAUUCUCACCUCUUCUUUCCGUUUGUCAUAGUCUUCCAUAAAUGAGUCGACUAUCUGUUGCAUUUUGUCUGGCUGAAUAAAGGACUCCGUGUAA